AUGCCCUUCGCCAAUAUCAACGGGCACUCGCUGCACUACACAGACAUAGCACCAUUGUCAUCAUCAUCAACCACAUCAACACCACACGUAUUGAUAUUCAUCCACGGCCUCGGCUCCACGCAGAACUACUACUUCCCAAUCUUCCCACAUCUGACCGCAUACCGCUGCAUCGUAUUCGACAACUACGGGGCGGGACGAUCACCCUACACGGCAUCGACACGCAAAGAGACAUCGAUCUCGCUAAUCGCGAACGAUGUCCUAGGCCUGCUGGACCACCUCGGCGUCCAGAGGGCCGUCGCGGUCGGCUACUCCAUGGGCGGCAUGGUGCCGACGUACCUUGCCUCGACCGCCCCGGAUCGCAUUGUCGGCGCCGUGUGCAUCGGGCCUGUGCAUCCCAGCGAAGCCGUCGCGAAUGUGUUCAAGCAGAGGGUUCCGGUGGUGCAGAAGGACGGCAUCGAAGCCAUGGCGAACAGCAUCCCGCACGGGGCGACCGGACCAAAAGCCACCGCGACGCAGAAAGGCUUCAUCCGCGAAAUGCUGCUGGCGCAGGAUCCCGACGGCUACAUCGCCAACUGUCGGGCGAUCGAGCACGCCACGCCGCCUGCCUACGCCGACGUGAAAUGUCCCGUCCUCAUCGUUGCCGGGGAUCACGACAAGAGCGCGCCGCUCGCCGGCUGCGAGUAUAUCCUGGGCGAGCUGGGGACGCCGGAUGAGAGGAAACGCCUCGAGGUCCUGACGGGCAUUGGGCAUUGGCAUUGUGUCGAGGCGCCGGAUGAGGUAGGUACGUUGGUGAGCAGGUUUGUGGAGGACUUGUAG